CACACUCUAUCUGACACAAAACACACACACACACACUUAAAGACACACAUAGAGACACACACACACAUACAGACACACACACACACACACACACACACACACACUGGUCAGGACAAAUGGCGGAGCCACAGCGAACGUCUGAGCCCGUCAACGUUGUUCAUCAGGAUGAAAUCUGUGUUUCACCGUUAAAGGUACCCCCACACCUUACUCUCCCCACCACACCUACCUCUCACUACAACACCACACACACCUUCUCCAACCCACUUGUGUACGAGAGGGACAGUGUGAAGCUGAAGCAGGGGGUCAGAGUGGAACUCCCCCAUCACCUGGCAGCACGACCUCCAACCCCUGCAGAAAAACAUAUCCACGUUGGAGCCUCUCCUCCAGUUCCUCAGACAACUCAGGCCCUGAUUGGUUGGCGUUCAGCUCAUUCGCAUCUUCAGCUGGAAAAGUAUGCCCCAGUGCACCAUGGGAGGCGUAGUUUUCUGAAGGAGCUGGGCUGGCCUUUUGACUCUUGCAACUGACUUGAAGCCCCCACCACUCUGUGUCAUCUUGGCUAACCACUGACUCAGUGAGCUACCAGGAUGUAGCAUUAAAUAAAGACAUGAACUAAAUCAACCAUGAGAUCAUAGCCUGUAUAUCCAGGUGUGAAAUGUUCUGGAAAUGUCCUUUUAUGUCUCGUUAUAACUGCUUUUCUUCUUCAUUAAGGCGCUGACACACGGUUAUGGAAGCUCCUUUGUAGCAGGAGCAGCUUUUG